AACAAAGGAAAUAUAAUAAAAUAACUAUCAAAGUGGAGAGAAAGCUACGUAUUGCACAUUGUUAGAUCAAUUUAAUUAGCUCGGAUCGGAAAAUGGUAACGACCGUCAUUCUCCCACAGUACAGUGGGCUAAGACCCAAAAUUCCAGUAUCUCCUCAUGUCCGAAGCCUGGUAGCAAUUCAACCAAUGAGACGUAAGGGAAAGGGAGCUUUGGGUGCUCGAUGUGAUUUCAUUGGCUCACCCACUAAUUUGAUAAUUGUGGCAUCAACAAGCCUGAUGCUAUUUGCAGGAAGGUUUGGGUUGGCACCAUCGGCAAACAGGAAGGCCACGGCAGGACUAAAGCUUGAAGUAAGGGACUCGGGGCUGCAGACGGGUGACCCAGCUGGUUUCACCCUUGCAUGUGGAACUGUUGGUCAUGUUAUUGGGGUUGGGGUCGUUCUUGGCCUUAAGAACAUGGGUGCCCUGUAAAAAUAAAAAUUAUCUUAAUCCAUCUUCUUAAUUUUGAUUUGACUCUCUAGCUAAUUUGUGUUGCGUUGUUGUUGUUGAUUUAUAACGUGUGUAUUUGGUUUGACAAUAACUUCUUCAACGU